AUGAUGUUUGUAGCCCUUGUAUUUAUAAUCGGAACUGUUGGAGCAGGUCCAACCUCUGAAGAAUGCCCGAGAAUCCUAGAUGCGGCCGGAGUAUCGAAGAUGUUUGCCCCAAUGGUAGCACAUAGCAUACAUUCAUUGACACUAGAGGGUAUCCGUUACUUUUUCAAGGAGGAUGCUACGGAGGAAAAUGGCGUCCCAACAGUAAAUAUGGAUCUGAUGAGCGACACGAGGAUUCUACCCAUUGCACCUUUAGCAGGGUAUGAUGAAGACUUCUCGACACAGAGCAUGAAGACAUUCGACUUGGUGAUGAGGAACAUGAACAGAACCUGGUGGGGUCUCACCAAUUACAACACCCUCGAUAAACUGACCCACGCUUUUCAUAUGGCUGAGGUCUGGGACAGCGCCGCCGAACAGUACAGAUUGGUAAAACGACUACUGGACCCUGAGUCUGAUAUCUGUGGUUGUGCAACCAAUGUUGCAGAGAACAAUGUCCUGAACUAUCUGAAUCUCAUGGCCUUCAAGAUCAAGUACCCUGGAAUUACCUCUGGAAACAAAACCCUUACAGAUCAUUACCUCGAAUCUAGAGAGAGACGAUCAGCUGACACGAUGUACAGGUACUGUCCAGGUACUGUCCGACCAAGAAUCGGUGAGGGGUCACAAGCAGACUUUGAUGGAAUUGACUUUGAUCUCUCCGAUAUUGAGCUGCUGAAAGAUAUUGCAGAAAAGCUAGUAGAUGAUGGAGGAAUUAUAUCAGUGCACGUGGAUAGUACAGAACACUGGGAAGUGUGGAGGAAGAAGAUGAAGCAUGGUAUGGGGGAGUCAGCAUACUACGAUCUGGCUGUGUUCAUGUUCUGCAUGCUCAACUAGACUAGAUCCGGACUAUGGGGUCUGGACACUAAGAAUUGUAUGUUAAUGAUAUAAUAAUAAGAUACGGACACUUUUUGUUACAUUUUAUCGUAGGGUAUAGAUUAUGCAAUUAUAUAAGGGUUAACCUUACUUUGAUUUGAUAAAGUAGUAUUAAAACCAUUAUACUAUGAGAUUUUCUAAGGUUGUCAAUAAUUUUAUUGUAAUUUGGGGAAAAUUCAUUGAAUUUGAUGCAUCA